AUGACCACGUACAAGCCCGUCCACGGUGGCUUUAUCCGCCAGUGUGCCGAAUACGUCGAGCCUGCAUUUGGUUUUGCAGUUGGUAUCAAUUUCUGGUUCAGCUGGGUUAUAUGCAUCCCAGCCGAAAUCACCGCCGCCGUAUCAGUGCUUGAGUUCUGGCCGGAAACAACUUCCGUGCCUUUGGCAGCGUAUAUUACUAUCUUCCUGGUAGCAAUCACUCUCGCAAACGUAUUUGGGGUUCGUCUCUAUGGCCAUGUUGAGUAUGUCAUGUCGUUCAUCAAAUGCUUGGCCAUUUUUGCAGUCAUAUUCUUCAUGUUUAUCAUGACAUCUGGCGGCAUUCCUGCCACAAACGGGCCAAUAGAGUUUCGCUACUGGAAGAACCCUGGUGCAUUUAACAAUGGCAUUAAAGGUAUUGCCAAAGCGUUCGUCCAGGCUCUCUUUAGCUUUGGAGGAGGUGAGCAUAUCGCUAUAAUUGCUGGGGAGGCCAAGGAGCCAAGAAAGACGGUCCGCAACGCCGUUAAUCCUAUAUUUUGGCGAAUGGCCACCUUUUUUGUGGUCAAUAUCUGGCUCGUCGGAAUGUGCGUACCAUACGAUGAUGAAGAUCUCAUCAAUGGUAGUGGUACCUUGGGGAGCCCCUUCGUCAUUGCCAUUGAAAGGGCCGGAGUGAUGUGGUUCGCGCAUGUCACCAAUGGGUUUAUCUUCCUCACCGUCAUCAGCUGUGGGAUCACGAGCGCCUAUAUUGCCAGUCGUAGUCUGGCUGCUUUGGCUGACUUGUCUAUUAUCCACCCAUUUUUCGGUCGGAAGGAUACAGUGGGUCGACCGUAUGUGUCCUUGCCUAUCAGUAUUGUUCUGGGAGGAGGUCUCUGUUACCUCAACUGUAGCAACCAGGGGGCUGUUGUAUACGGAUGGUUCUCGGAUUUGGUAGGCAUAUCGACGCUCUUCCAGUGGGCAGGUAUCUUUAUCUCUCACAUCCGGUUCCGAAGGGGCUUGAAAGCUCAAGGCAUGGAUUACCACUCCCUUCCCUUCCGGGAUUUCGUGGCACCGUAUGCUCAAUACCUGGCAUUGGUAGUCGUAGUGUUCAUCGCCGGCUGCGAAUUUUACCUUGCCUGUUUCCCAUUUGGUGAGAAGGGGUCCGUGAAGAGCUUCUUCUCGUCAUACAUCGCAGCACCUCUUUUUUUUCUUGAUUAUUUCACAUACAAGUUCUAUUUCAAAUCCAAGUUUGUUCGAGCAUCCGAGAUGGACUUUAAGGAAGCCUUUGCAUUUGACGAAGAAGACCGACUGAGAGCCGCAAUGACGGAUCGGAAUGAGCAGGAUGGUCCGAAAUCGAAACUGAUGAAGCGACUCAAAUAUUUCACACUUGGGUGA